AUGACCAGGCUCGCCGAUGUCGCGGGCACUCAGGAGCCUAUCUAUGGCCCUGCAGCCAUCAGGACCGUCGCUGAGGAGGCAAAGGAGACCAGCCAUACCGAGCUCACCCGGGACGACCUGAAGUGGAAGGCUAUGGACUCUACGUCCGUCGAGACUCAGAGCUUCUACUUGAUGUCGGACGAUGGAAAGCACCUCGCUCUCGCCCAAGUCAUCUACAGCAAUGUCGCUGGCAUCCACACCACUGUCCAGUUCAACUCGAAGAUCUUCUACCUCGAUGGCUCCAAGCCCCACCUUUGGUGCUCUACGCAGCUGAGCAACCACGGUUUCAGCGAGGACAAGGCCAGCUUCUACGCCGACGACUGCGCACUCGAUCUCUCGGAGGAUGGCACAAACUAUACGAUCAAGAGCUUGAACGAUCAGCGAUCCAUCGUCAACCUUAAGAUCACUCGCAAGGCGCCUGGUUUCGUUGCCGGUAAGACUGGCAACACCUUGUACGGCACUGACCUCGGAAAUCCUUGGGGCUCCAUGCGCCACGCCUUCUGGCCGAGGUGCGCCGCUGAGGGCACCAUCACCACCCCCGAUGGCCCCAUCGACUUCACCGGCAAGGCCUUCUACUCGUUCGCACUUCAGGGCAUGAAGCCGCACCAUGCCGCAGCGCGUUGGACUUUUGCCGACUUCCAGACCCCCACCUACUCGGCUGUCCUCAUGCAGUUCGUCACCCCACCUUCGUAUGGCACCACCACAGUCACUAUUGGCGGUAUUGCCAAGGACGGUGAGAUCAUUAUUGGCGGUGUCGACAGCACCGUCGCGCACACCAGGACUAAGACUGACUCGGAGAGCGAGUGGCCCGAGCCUGAGGCGAUCAAGUUCACCUGGUCUGGUAAGACGAAGGACGGCAAGGCAGUGGAGGCUGUUAUCGAGGGUGAUCUGGGUAAGCGUCUCGACAGGGUUGACGUCAUGGCCGAGGUGCCUGCGUUUGUCAAGAGGAUCGUCGCAGGUGCUGCGGGAACCAAGCCAUAUAUUUACCAGUAUUCUCCCCAGGAGAAGAAGCUCACACUCAAGCUGAAGAUUGGCGACGAGGAGAUCUCAGAGGAGGGCCAGUUGUUCAGCGAGGCCACGUUCAUCUCUGAGGCUAUGCAUGCCAUUGGUUAA